AUGCCGCCAUCGUACAAGCAACUUCCCCUACCGCCACUAGAAUCUAUGCGUUUUUGCAGACCUUUGCAGCAAUACGACGGUGCUUGUCCACGAAAUGACCAGCCGGUCCCUCUGAAGACCAGCAUUAAAGCCCAAAAUAAUGCACCUCCUGUUUUAUGCAAUGACAACCAUUUACAUGUGGCUGAAAAUCGCAGUGGUCAUCAAGUGGUCAGCGCGUCAGCACAGAAAUUUGCCGAUCAGUUUGCUGCGAAAAUUCGUGUCAGCAACGGACUGACGACCAACGAUUUGGCCAUCGCUUUAAAUUCUGAUCAAGAAGGCUGGUUGAACAGUUGUCUAACCGGUACAUCUCAGGACCAUGCCGAUAAAAUUUCAAGACAACCCCGCAGAUGUGGCGAGCCAAAAAAGAGUGCAAGACUGACGGGUCUCGUACUUAAAGAAUUGAUCAAGAAAAAAAUCAUCAAGUCAGGCAUCAACGUGCUUCAGUACAAAGAUCCGAUGGUAAAUAACUCUGGACAUAACUAUCGAGAGGGAACAAUGCUAAAGUGA